AUGCGGAGCUCCAGAUCAUUCCUGUUCCAGGUUUGUUUAAGUCUAGUGGUUUCUAUAGGCUCCUGCACCUGUAAACCUCUCACUAAUGACAUCCAGAGCGGGGACCCUGAGGGACUCUACUCUCAGCUGUCAGAGGAGGACCUUCUGGAGGAGGAAGACACCGACUCCAAGAUGGAAAACCUCCUGGGAACCAUGAAGGAGGGCUUUCUUAAGAAACUCAACCUGUCGGAUGUUCCUCAGGAGCACAGCAAGAUCUACCCUCCUCAGUUUAUGAUGGAGCUUUACGACAAGUACGCCUCGGACAGCUUGACAAUCCCUCAGUCUGAUGUCAUACGAAGCUUCACUGUCCAAGAUAUCACUUUCUCUGUGACAAAUGGCACAAAGACGAAGUACAGGCUGCAGUUCAACGUCAGCAUCCCCAGCCAUGAAAAGAUUACUACUGCUGAACUACAGCUCUUCUUCCUCCCACGUCCCAGGUCAGGGGUCACCUUCCACAAUUUCAGGGCCACCGUCAAAGUCUAUGAAGUGGAUUACGACGAUUUCACACCCACGACCCAGCUACUGGUUGGCAAAGAGGUGACAGGCUCACAGAGCACAUGGGAAAGGUUUGAUGUGACCACAGCUAUUCAAAGCUGGAUCAGGUCGGGUCAUGGAGCAACUGUUUUUGAUGUAGUGGUGGAUAUGAAGGACUGUGGGGCUUCUAAGGGUGGAGAAGAAGGAGAAGGCUGUUUAAGUCUUAGCGUGUCUGUUGGGGAUAAUACUUCAGCGGCUUUAAUAGUCUUCUCAGAUGACCUGGGUAGCAGGAGGAGGGAGACCAAGAAGGAAUUAAGAGAGAUGAUCCUCCAUGAAGAAGAAACCAUCUUACACUCGGGUGCCGAUUGGAACAGAGGAGAUCAACUUCCAAACGAGAUCCCAGAGGCUCAGCAUCCACGGAGACAGAAGAGGAAGGCCGAGAGGGAAUACUGCCGGCGAACCUCUCUCAAGGUCAACUUUAAAGACAUCGGCUGGGAUAGCUGGAUUGUGGCGCCUCCAGAAUAUGACGCCUUUGAAUGUCGAGGCCUGUGUUACCACCCACUGACAGAUGAGUCCACCCCGUCAAAACACGCCCUCAUCCAGACACUGAUCAACAUCAGGGACCCCAAGAAGGCCAACAUGGCGUGCUGCGUCCCCAUCAAACUGGACCCCAUCACUGUCAUGUAUCAAGAGAACGGACGCCUUACUAUAAGAUACCUUUAUGAAGAGAUGAAGGUGGCAGAGUGUGGCUGCAGGUAG